AUGGUGACCGCUGGCUGCGCUCUGAUUGGUCAGACCGACUGCAGGCUGCUGAAGAACCGGUCCAGAAACCGCCUCCAGCUGUUCCUCGCUGUAGUCCACCACAGGAGGAAGAAGAAGGAGAACCAGCUGGCGAAGGAAGCCCAGAAAGUUGCAGCAGAGUUCCUCAAGGACGAAGAAGCGGCUGCAAAGCAGAAGCCAGGUGAAGAAGAGGACUCCUUGUCGAAGUCAGUGGCCGCUGCCAAAGAGAUUGCUGAGAAGCUGGCCGGUGAGGAGCUAAAAUCUCCACCUUGGUACGCGUCUGGUCGAGGACAGAUCCGGCCAAACCUCCGUGCUCCUGUGGCUCCGCUGAGGAGAGCUUCCCUGGCAGGAAAACCUGCAUCCCUUAACACAUUUCUGAACAUGAGACCCCAAAGCACCGAUGGAGGUCCACCAGGGCCUUUUCCUAGAGCCCCUGUCAGGCCUCCAAAUCCACAGAUGUUCAACAACAAACCCGGGCCUCCAGUAAGCUCUGCUGGACCGUUUGGGGAAAUGUCUGCUGCACCCAUGGUGACUGGAAGAGAGCAGUUCGGUCCUAAACUCCCCCCUUCAAUGUUGAAACCUGAACCGUGUCAGAAUACCUCUAAGCCUGAUUCAGCUGAGUCUAAACCUGAAAUGAAGCAAGGGCCACUGUUCCCUAAACCUGCUCUGGUCCAGUCAAAGCCUGCAACAGCACAGAGUAGUCCUUCAACAACUUCCCCUGCAUCGUUAAACACAGCAUCCUCAGAAACUCUGUCUGCUCCAUCAGAGGUUAAAGCUGCUCCACCCAAAGUUCCGCCUUCACAACCAGCGUUGAUAAAGAUUGUGUCCGACGUGGCGGCUCCUGGCGUCCCGGAAAGUGAGCAGACUCGCACCGUGUUCGUCAAGCCACCUCCUUUCAAGAGCAUGUUAGCGGGGCCUCAGAAGUCGGAGAAGCUCCAGGGCAACCUGGCUGCAGCCAAGGCGCAGGCCUUAUUUGACAUCUUCUACAGCAGCCUCGGCCAAGCCGGCCCUUCCUCUUUCUCCAAAACAGAAACCGACGUUAGAGCUGUUAAAAGUUCUCCUUCAGUCCCCGUCCAAAAUAAGAAUCGGCCCCAAAAUAAACCUGAACCCCAACAACAAACCCAAACACCAAAUACACUCCCAACUCAGACCCACAACCAAUCUCAGCCCCCAGAUGGACCCAGACCCCAAACACAGGAAAUGCCUGAAUCCCAACCUCAGAUCCAACCACAACCUCAAGAUGAACCCACACCACAACCUCAGGUCCAGUCACCAAAGGUACACCAUGCUCAGUCCCCCAACGAACCCCAACCUCGACAACAAGCCCAACAAAAACCAGGAUCUCAACCCCUGGAUCAUUCUCUACAUCAGGCAGAGCCGUCACACGAACCUCAAACGGCCCCCCAGCACCGUUCUACUGAACCUCCAAAUACAACACCAACUUCUCCACAGAACGGGUUUCAAAGCCCACAAACCCAAACUGAUGGUGACAUUCAGAUUACCUCCGUUUGGUCUCUUCAGGACAUCACAGCUCCAACAGCUAAAGCUGCAGGUCCUGACCCAUCUGACCCACCGCCUCACUCAGAACAGACUCCACCAGAAGGAUUGUCUCAAAGUCCACCCUCUAGUCCUGGGCGCAAAUCUCAAAUCUGCCCACAGACGAAGCCCGUUAGGAUGGAACCAGCAGCUGAGCCACUGUUCCAGCCAGAACCUCAGUUUGAACCCCAACUGGACCAGGAUGCUAAUUCACAUCAAGAGACGACUUCAGAACCACAGCCUAAACCCAAACCAAGUCCUAGAACCAGAGGUAAGGCAGCAACGACAAAGAAGACCCCUUCUGCCGCUCCGGUUCGUCAGACCCGCUCCCAGACCCGAUACCAGACCCGUCAACAGCAGAGUCAACCAGAACUCGAACAGGACCCAGGGAACCAGGACAUCACGGCGUCAGAAGCUAAAGGUCUGGAGUCUCCUGAUCCGGACAAAGAGACAGACCCUCCAGGGACGGCGGUCACCCCGGAGACCUUGGGUCUCCCUUCAGACAUGACGCCCUGGACUUUGACUACACUUUUUAACUUUGAGUAGGGGGCCAGGCUCCAG